AAUUGUGGUAUUGUAAAAAUUGUAUAUCUGAAAGUCAGGUGCCAUCCGUUGCUCUCGAAAAUGGCAUGCUCUGCAGUUCUUAGACAUCAACCAUCAGUGCAUUCUUCUAGCAUCAUCAGCAAAACCAACACCACACGCAGAUCCUCCUCCUCACUAAGACUAGUAACCAGAGCAGCAGCCGGAAAUACAGAGAAAAUGGCAACUGAGAAAAUGGGGAUUAAGAUUGAGAAGAAUCCUGAUGAAUCCAAACUCACCAGUCUUGGUGUCAGGGCUUGGCCCAAGUGGGGAUGUCCUCCAAGUAAAUUUCCAUGGACAUAUGCUUCAAAGGAAACAUGCUUUCUGUUGAAAGGGAAAGUAAAAGUCACUCCUGAUGGUUACGAUGAGUUUGUGGAGUUCGGUGCCGGUGAUUUAGUCGAAUUCCCAAAAGGAAUGAAGUGUACAUGGGAUGUUACAGAAACUGUAGACAAACACUACAAAUUUGAAUAAAAAAAUUAAUCUUUCCUUUCUUCCUCAUAA